CUCUGGGAUCAGUAGUCAGAGGCAGAGAGAAGAUCCAUCACUUGCUGCUGUCCCCGGGAAUUAUGGCUCACAAGCAGCAGCAACCGCUGUACCUGCACCUGGCCGAGCUCACAGCCUCCCAGUUCCUGGAUAUAUGGAAGCACUAUGACUCUGAUGGAAAUGGCUACAUUGAAGGCACAGAGCUGGAAAACUUUUUCCAGGAACUGGAGGCUGCAAGGAGAGGAGCCGGAGUGGAAGGUUCCAGCAUCAACAUCGGGGAGAAGCUGAAAGAGUUUAUGCAGAAAUAUGACAAGAACGCAGAUGGUCGCAUCGAGAUGGCGGAGUUGGCUCAGAUUCUCCCAACCGAAGAAAAUUUCUUGCUCUGCUUCAGACAACACGCGGGUUCCAGCAUCGAGUUCAUGGAGGCCUGGCGGAAAUACGACACUGACAGAAGUGGAUACAUUGAAUCCAAUGAGCUGAAGGGAUUCCUGUCCGAUCUCCUCAAAAAAGCAAAUCGACCAUUUGAUGAGAAAAAACUCAGUGAAUACACCCAGACUAUACUCCGCAUGUUUGACCUGAAUGGUGAUGGGAAACUUUGCCUUUCUGAGAUGUCAAGAUUGCUGCCUGUGCAGGAGAACUUCUUACUUAAAUUUCAGGGGAUGAAGCUGAGCUGUGACGAGUUCAAUGCGAUAUUCAACUUCUAUGACAAGGAUAGAAAUGGUUACAUUGAUAAGACUGAACUGGAUGCCUUACUGAAAGAUUUCUUCGAGAAGAACAAAAAGGAAAUGAACAUCCAGAGCCUGACUGGCUACCGCCAGAGCAUCAUGUCGCUGUGUGACGCAGGACGCCUGUACCGCAAGGAGCUGGAGAUUGUACUCUGCAACGACUCUUCCUCCCUCAAGUAGUUGGGGGACCCCAGUUCUACACAACCAGCACUGCACUGCGCUCCUUUAUCCUGCCCCACCCUACACCACUGACAGGGGAGAGAGUGCCGUGCGUGAGAGACGGGGGAGAGAGUGACGUGUGUGAGAGACAGGGGAGAGAGUGCCGUGCGUGAGAGACGGGGGGAGAGAGUGCUGUGUGUGAGAGACAGGAAGAGAGUGCCGUGCGUGAGAAAUGGGGGGAGAGUGCCAUGCGUGAGAGAUGGGGGGGUGAGAAUGCCACGCGCGAGAGACGGGGGGAGAGAGUGCCGUGUGUGAGAGAUGGGGGAGAGAGUGUCAUGCGUGAGUGACGGAGAAGAGAGUUCCGUGCGUAAGAGAUGGGGGGGGGGAGUGCCAUGCAUAAGAGACGAGGGAAAGAGUGUCGUGCAUGAGAGACGGAGAGAGUGCCUUUCAUGAGAGACGGGGGGAAGAGUGCUGCGUGAGAGACAGGGGGGAGGGGGUAGAGUGCUGCAUGAGAGAUGGGGGAAGAGUGCUGUGCAUGAGAGACGGGGAAGAGAGUGCCGUGUGUGAGAAACGGGGGGGAAGAGUGCUGCGUGAGAGACGGGGAAGAGAGUGCCAUUUGUGAGAGACUGGAGAGACAAUGCUGUGUGAGAUAGACUGGGAAGAGUCAGAGAAGAGAGCGCCGUGUGAGACAGGAGUGACAGAGGGAGAGAGUACCAGAUACUGUCGGCGUCUGAGUUGCCCUGAGGUGCUGGAUGCUGGCCAAACUUGGACGCCUUUUUAAUGCGGCAAUCCUUUACAAGGUGUGGUUUUGCCAAAUUUGGCCGGCACCUCACACCUCUGGCAAACUCUGACGCUGUCACAUCGCGUCGUAUAUGUGAGGAAGAAUGAGAGAGAACGCCGUAUUAGAACCAGAAUAAGAGACAGAAACGAGAAUAAUAUCAGUGCUGCGUAGAGUGUUGUGUGUGACAGAAGAGAGUGUCGCAUGUGAGCGCAGAGAGAAAAACAUUCUCCCAUGUCUUACCCACUGCACCCUUUGCUACCUUCUCACUGAUCCUAGUCCCGUAAUCUUUCCUUGUUUCAUCCUGCAAAAGAGAAGAGCCCGAGGUCCGGCCUGGUCAGGGGGGAAACGCGAAGAACCCGAGGUCCGGCCUGGUCAGGGGGGUAACGUGAAGAGCCCGAGGUCCGGCCUGGUCAGGGGGGUAACGCGAAGAAUCCGAGGUCCGGCCUGGUCAGGGGGAUAACGUGAAGAGCCCGAGGUCCGGCCUGGUCAGGGGGGUAAUGCGAAGAGACCGAGGUCCGGCCUGGUCAGGGGGGUAACGCGAAGAGGCCGAGGUCCGGCCUGGUCAGGGGGGUAACGCGAAGAGCCUGAGGUCCGGCCUGGUCAGGGGGGUAACGCGAAGAGCCUGAGGUCCGGCCUGGUCAGGGGGGUAACGCGAAGAGCCCGAGGUCUAGCCUGGUCAGGGGGGUAACGCGAAGAGCCUGAGGUCCGGCCUGGUCAGGGGGGUAACGCGAAGAGCCUGAGGUCCGGCCUGGUCAGGGGGGUAACGCGAAGAGGGUGUGGUCCGGCCUGGUCAGGGGGGUAACGUGAAGAGCCCGAGGUCCGGCCUGGUCAGGGGGGUAACGUGAAGAGCCCGAGGUCCGGCCUGGUCAGGGGGUAACGUUAAGAGCCCGAGGCCCAGGCCUGGUUAGGGGGGUAACGAGAAGAGCCCGAGGCCUGGCCUGGUCAGGAGGGGUAACGAGAGUAGCCCGACGUCCGGCCUGGUCAGGGGGUAACGUGAAGAGCCAGAGGCCCGGGCCUGGUCAGCCCGCUCCGUAUAUAUGUGUCUGUCCCCGGUACCUCCCCGGUUGCUCUCCCCUGGAUUUUGGAUAAGGGACCUGUCUCCUGCAGAGUGCAUUAUCUUUCUGGGUUUUGCUUGUUUUCCUGUUUACUAAAGAAUGAAUAAAAUGACAGUUCCUGUG